CAUCCAAAUAUUCAUGCAGGUCUAUUUUGAUUACAUGAGAAGCUUUCGUGUUGACUUCGAUGAGUUCUUUGUGGAUGGAAUCAUCUCUGAGAUUGAAAUUGGAUUAGAUUUCUGUGGGGAGUCAUGAUAUCAUUCUUAUCAUGCAAGGCAUGGUUGGAGAUAUCCUAGUAUUGGCGAAUUCCAGGUAGUCAGUCACUGGAGAAAGCCGAUGUAAUGUUUAUGCACGCUGAUAGUAUCUCUCGUCAAUUAAUUUUCUAUGAUCUUUCCCUGCUUAUUUAUUACCUUCAUUGAUAGCUACUAUGGAAGAUUCUUCCUUAACUGGCCACGCUGCUGAGCUGACUGCUGGCUUCUACAAUCCAUCGAAUCGUGAUGGCUAAGCUCCAAUUGCAGCAAUGUCGAAGAACCGUGGGGCUGCCAUGAACUUCACCUGUUGUGUUUAUGCCUGAAUUCUCUGUGCCUGGAUCCUUCAAAAAUGCCUUUUACUAGAUUAUGCAUCAUUUUUAAUGAAGUUGUUGAGGUUUACUUGUCUCAUCUUCAAUAAUAGAGGCAGCAGUUGCAGAUCUGCAAAUUAAACGAAGGCUAAAUAUGAGAGAAGGCGUGAAGGAGAAGGAACCAGUGAUCAUGUAAUCUGGGUCACGUGAACGAGGCCAGCCAAACAGAACAGAAACACCAAAUUCUCGUGCCCCUGAGUGACAUAAGGGUCUUGCACGUGCCUGUCUCACGCGCCCCGUGCUCCUAAUCCUUGUCGCUCGCUUAAUACACACGCACUGUGCGUGCCAAACCGCAAACUCACACACACACUCAAACACGUUCGAGCUGUUACGCACGCGCGAACCGCCUAACCCUCCCCACACGCACGCAAACGCCACGCACGCUUCUUUCCCUUCUCUCUUUCGCCGGCCGGGGCCGGCGUUGCGCACCGGAAAAGUAGCUACCCUACUCUCCUUUCCUUCUUAUCAUUGUACGCCGGAGAUACAACGAUUCACCGGAAACGUCGCCGGAAUUCUGUUACUUGUUUGGCUUGGGCGGAGGUAUGUGUUGUAGGCCUGUGGACCUUGUUCUUGAUGGAUUUGCUAGGUUAGAGUAUUGGAUUUUAUGGUGAGAUGCUUGAAGAAGAUGCAGAAAUGACUCAAUUGGAGCCUUCGGCAUCGUAAAGUGUAGUUAUCUCGUGACGAUUAUGAGACUUGUUAUGGACGGUGAUUUUGAUUGGUUAACUGUUCGCGGCUUCUUCUGGAAUACGUAAAGUAGAUGAAGUUAGAUUCAGAAUUUUCUGGGUUGUACUGCUGCAUCAUCUUCUGUAUUUUUUAAAAGAUUGAGCAGUGGUGGUGGCAUAAAAAACCAAGAUACCAGAGUUUCUUUGGAUAAGAUUCUCAGUGCAGUGACAUAGAAUAUGGCCACGGACAUGCAGAAAUUGAUUGGAACAAGCGAAGAAGAUGAUGAGGAAGAUAUGGAGAUGGAUGUGAAAGAAGAAGAUGAUGAUAGCGAAGAGAAUGGGGAGAAGCACAUUGCCACACAAGGGAUGGUAAUGGUUGAUGGAGGGAUGACAUCGAAUAAUAGUAAUAGUCAGUUUCAACAUCACCAGGAAAUUGAGGAACAAGUCAGCACCCCUGGGACAGGAGUUGUAGCUCGGAGGUGCAGACCACUGGAAGAAAAGGAGAGAACUAAGUUAAGAGAGCGGCAACGGAGGGCAAUUACUGCAAGGAUCUUGGCGGGGUUGCGGAGGCACGGGAACUAUAAUCUUAGGGUCAGAGCUGAUAUAAAUGAUGUAAUUGCAGCUCUGGCUAGGGAAGCUGGAUGGGUUGUUCUUCCAGAUGGAACCACCUUUCCUUCAAGAUCCCAGGGAUCAAAGCCUGUGGGUGGCACCUCUACAAUGGUGACAUCAUCAUCUUCACAAGUCAUGCCACAACAGACUCCUCCUGCAUCCCUCACAGGAGUUUCCCCCAGUUAUCAGACCUCAAUAGAAUACAAUUCAAUCCGGAUGAAAGGAGUUUUUGUACCCACUCCAUCACCUUAUGAUCUAUCCUCAGGUGCGCGAUCUCAAACCUCUCCUGUGGUGGGAGUGGUUGCAGAACAAACAGAAAAUCAUCAACUCAUUCGUGGCACCAUGGAGACCAUUAAUGACAAACAGACUGUUUGCUUGCCAUCAAAUCUACUGGACCGUGAUUUUUCUGGUACUCCAUAUGUUCCAGUUUAUGUUAUGCUACCAUUGGGUGUCAUUAAUAUGAAGUGUGAGCUGGUCGAUCCAGAUGGACUGCUGAAUCAGCUAGGAGUGCUGAAAUCAAUAAACAUUGAUGGAGUCAUGGUUGAUUGCUGGUGGGGAAUAGUAGAGGCGCAUGCUCCACAAGAUUAUAACUGGAAAGGAUACAAGAGGCUCUUUCAGAUGGUGCGUGAGCUUAAGCUUAGGCUUCAGGUGGUUAUGUCUUUUCAUGAAUGUGGAGGAAAUGUUGGUGAUGAUGUUUGCAUUCCAUUGCCCCAUUGGGUGGCAGAAAUUGGUCGAAGUAAUCCGGACAUAUUUUUCACCGAUAGAGAGGGCAGACACAACCCAGAAUGUUUGUCAUGGGGGAUUGACAAGGAGCGAAUUUUGAGAGGUCGGACUGCUUUUGAGGUUUACUUUGACUAUAUGAGGAGCUUCCGGGUCGAAUUUGAUGAACUCUUUGAAGAUGGUACCAUCUCUAUGGUUGAAGUUGGAUUGGGACCCUGUGGGGAACUGAGGUACCCUUCUUGUCCUGUAAAGCAUGGUUGGAGAUAUCCUGGUAUUGGUGAAUUUCAGUGUUAUGAUCAGUACUUGUUAAAAGACCUGAGAAAGGCAGCAGAAAUGAGGGGACAACCCUUCUGGGCUAAAGGACCAGAUAAUGCAGGUUCCUACAAUUCACAGCCACACGAAGCCGGUUUCUUUUGCGACGGAGGUGACUAUGAUAACUACUAUGGCAGGUUCUUCCUCAAUUGGUACUCUAAUGUCUUAGUUGACCAUGGUGAUCGAAUACUUUCCCUUGCAAAAUUGGCUUUUGAAGGCACCUGCAUUGCUGUUAAGCUAUCCGGCAUCCACUGGUGGUACAAGACAUCCAGUCAUGCAGCUGAACUAACUUCAGGUUUCUUCAAUCCAUGCAAUCGUGAUGGCUAUGCUGCAGUCUUGACAAUGCUAAAAAAGCAUGGAGCUGCUUUAAACUUCACAUGCUCGGAAUUUCGCUUGUUAGACCAGAAUGAAAACUUCCCAGAGGCACUGGCUGAUCCUGACGGAUUAGUCUGGCAAGUGUUAAAUGCUGCAUGGGAUGUUGGUGUGCCACUAGCCAGUGAGAAUGCUCUCCCUUGCCAUGAUAGGAUAAGCUAUAACAAGAUAUUGGAUAGGGCUAAACCCUUAAAUGAUCCAGAUGGAAGGCAUUUCUUAACUUUUACCUACCUCAGGCUUUGCCCGAUUCUCAUGGAGAGACGUAAUUUCGUGGAAUUUGAACAAUUUGUCAAGAGAAUGCAUGGGGAAGCGGUUAUCGAUAUCCAAGUAUAAGGGAGAGGAUGAUGGCUGUCUGGAUUGUGUAAUCAUGUGCUUUACCCCAACAAAGUGUCUGGGGGUUAGAAUGUGUCAGUAUUAGGAGAGUAGUGUGAUUAAUUUUAAGUCAUAUUAUACCUUUGUAAAGCAGUUAGGCUAAAGCAUCUUCAUAUGGUGGUUAAUUUAGUUUAUAUUUGCAUCAGUAGUUGUGUAAAACUUUAGAAAUUUGAGUUUACUAAUGAAAUUUUUCAAAGUUCCAUUUCGGCA